UAAAUACGUUUGUUUGUGUUGCUAACGAACCCUUCUCUACUGCCCACAUUCACAAUGCUUUAUUUUACUCUCUUUGUUGGGACGUUCGCCCUGUCCUCCGGGCAAUUCACGACUAGCCCAUCGUUUAGAACAUCAACCACAAGUUCCAUAACCUUAACUGCUAACCCGUUGUUGGCACCAUCAACAACAACACCUACAACCACAGCUGGUGUCUCAGAGGGUUCAUCAACACCCACCGCUGGUGUCUCAGAGGGUUCAACAACACCCACCGCUGGUGUCUCAGAGGGUUCAACAACACCCACCGCUGGUGUCUCAGAGGGUUCAACAACACCCACCGCUGGUGUCUCAGAGGGUUCAACAACACCCACCGCUGGUGUCUCAGAGGGUUCAACAACACCCACCGCUGGUGUCUCAGAGGGUUCAUCAACACCCACAGCCGUCCAACCAACAACAACAAUGAUUCCUACAGCAAACCUGACCACGUUUGCACAUGCAGCGGUGAAUUUAUCCAGCUAUGAAAAUCUGGAUAGCGAUGCACUCGUUUCAAACAUUGAGGAGUUCUUGAAGCAAAUAAGCGAUAAUGCCCUUGGACCUCUGAAGAUAACAGUGAAACGUUUCACACAAUGUAGCGGCGCCCAGUGUAGGGACCAGCAACCCUCUACUACCCCUCAACCCUCUACUACCCCUCAAACCUCCACUGCCCCUCAAUCCUUCCCUGACACUCAACCCUCUACUACCCCUCAAACCUCCACUGCCCCUCAAUCCUUCCCUGACACUCAACCCUCUACUACCCCUCAAACCUCCACUGCCCCUCAAUCCUUCCCUGACACUCAACCCUCUACUACCCCUCAACUCAUCCCUGGCACAACCUCCGCUGGCCCUCAACCCACAUCUUAAAUAGAUACCAUUCCGGUUUCAUAAUCACCACUGAUUCAUCAGACAUCUGUAUAGCCUACUUGUUGAUUGUUAACUUGUCAAUAAUUUGAAAUGGAGUGGGAUAAAUUGAAAUGUAGGUACAUAAAUAUAUGUCAUACAAGUUCAUACUCUAACUUUGAAGGAAUAGCUAUGAUUUUUAAAAGUGAGUGAUAUUGGUAACACUUCCCAUUGAGGUAUCCUUUAAGUGAGUUGUAAAAGGUAUAUGAAUACUUCAACAUCAACCGUAUUGACUGGGAUUAGGUUUUGUAUUUUACUGUAUGACAGGGACUGGUAGAUAUUGUAAUCAACAAGUUUAAAUCAAUAUGUGGAAAUAUCUCCAUUGACCCUGAACUUGGAUGUAGUAAAUAAGACUCUGCUUUGUGAAAAUUUAAACCGCUUUUUCUAUAAAGUAUGGCAGACUAUUUAGAAAUGUUUUUAUUUUUUAGCAAAAAAUUGUUUUGCUUUUUUAUUAUGUUAAUUUCAUUACUUUUUAAGAUGUAUUCUUUGUGUUGUUUGCUUUUGUUAGGUUGGGCCCCUCUCAAUCAAACCUGUUUUCAACCCCAUUGUUAUUUAUUGAACCUUUAUUUAACUAGGCAAGUCAGUUAAGAACAAAUUCUUAUUUACAAUGACAGCCUACCCCGGCCAAAUCCGGACGACACUCGGCCAAUUGUGCGCCACCCUAUGGGACUCCCAAUCACAGCCGGAUGUGAUACAGGCCUGUAAUCAAAUCAGGGUCUGCAGUGACACCUCUUGCAUUGAGCUGCAGUGCCUUAGACUGCUGCGCCACUCGGGAGCCCAAUUGUUUUAUGUUAGGUUCUGCCCCUCUUAAUCAAACCUUUUUAUUUCCAUCUCAUUGUGGUAUGUUAGGUUGUGAUCCUCUCAAUCAAACCUGUUUUUCAACCCCAUUGUGGUAUGUUAGGUUGUGAUCCUCUCAAUCAAACCUGUUUUUCAACCCCAUUGUGGUAUGUUAGGUUGUGAUCCUCUCAAUCAAACCUGUUUCAAGGCGUUUCUAGGUUCAGACAAAACAACUUCCUUCUUGUGCUCAUUUGGAAUCAUUGAUUAAAAAUAACAUGCCAAAUCUCUUAUGGUGAUUAUAUUGCUAACUGACUUGAUUUAAAAUUACUUUCAGAUAAUGUGGGCAUGACGUUUAAAACAUGCUGUGUGGUUGAUUGACUUAGAUGGGGUUUUUGUAAAAAAAAAAAAAAAAAACAUUUUUGGGAGUGGCUAGUUUAAAGGGGGCCUGAGCAUACUGAUUUCACCUCGGUUUUCCUCCUCAUUAAGUAAAAUGCAUUUUCGUUUUAGGUGUGUGGUUUGAUGUGGGUGUGUUAUGUUCACUAUAUAAAAAAUGUGAUUUGUAUUUGUUUUGCCUCUUGGGCCCCCUAUAGGGGCAGUAGGUAGCCAUAGCGGUGGCAGGUAGCCUAGUGGUUAGAGUGUUGGGCCAGGUUGCUGGACCAUAUCCCUGAGCU